GCCAACGCCCAAAUUUUUUAAAGAAGGAAGGAAAGAAAACAUGAAGAUACAACUCGCUUUGUUUGUCCUCAUUGGACUAGCUACAGUAAGAAAAGCAGUUCCUGAGGCUUGCUCACCUUCAGGAUCUGUGAGACUAGUGUGGGGUGCUGGACCAUGGGAGGGUAACGUACAGAUAUGUCUCAAUGGCGGCUGGGGAUGGAUCUGUCAGAAUAGCUUCUACACUAACGAGGCUAAGGUGGUCUGUAGGCAGCUUGGAUUCAAUGCUACUGGCUCUGUGUACAGGAGAUAUGCUUAUUAUGGCUGGCCUGAUCCCAGUCUACCAAUAUGGUUGGAUCAGCUAGGCUGUCAUGGAACAGAAAGUAAUAUCAUGAGUUGCCCACAGCCUAAAGCAAUCGGCGAUGCUUCUUGCAAUCAUAACGCAUUGGCAGCUGUCCUUUGUCCAAAUCAAGGAGCUAAUCCUAACUGCUCUGAAGGUUCUCUUAGAUUACUGAGAAAUCAAGCAUCGACUCCAUUUAAAUCUUAUGGACGUGUAGAGAUAUGUCACAGUAAUCGCUGGGGAUCAAUCUGUGAUUCUGGUUGGGGUACACCUGAUGCUAAAGUGGCCUGUGGACAGUUGGGAUAUACUGCAUCAGCUGCUUCAUCAUACUGCUGUGCUACAUAUGGUCAAAGUUAUGGGCCGGUCUGGUUAAGCAACAUGGGAUGUACUUCCUCUAAUAACCAACUGACAUCUUGUACUCACGAUAACUUUGGAGCUAAUACUUGUUCUCAUUCUAAAGAUGCUGGAGCUGGCUGCAGAGGUGAAGUGACUGGUUCUUGUACAAACGGUGCUGUGAAGCUAUUCAGACCUUAUGGUAUAGGUCCCAAUAAUGACGGUCUUGCUUUGUACUGUAACAACAGUCGCUGGGUCGGGUUCUGUGAUGAUGGUUGGUCCUGUCAUAACGCUAGACUUAUAUGCAAGAAGUUAGGCUUCCCUGCAGCUCUUAACACUAGAUGGGAAGGGUACUAUGGUUACUACAAGCAGACCGAUACCUAUCGGUUCUACUGUAGAUCCACCAAUACUGAUCUCUCUCAGUGCUCUUAUACUUAUCGCUCAAGUUGUACGUCACUCAACGACCAGAUUGGAGUCAUCUGUUACAAACCAAUCAUAAGUAAGACAUGUACGGAUGGACAGGUGAGGCUUCAGAAUGGUAACACAACCAGUGAGGGUAGGGUGGAGUACUGCUAUGAAGGAAGAUGGAACCCAGUCUGUAGUCUCACUGGUAUUGCUGCAUCUUUAAUAUGCAAACAACUUGGCUAUAACUCAACUUUGGCUACAAUCAUUGAUGAUCAAAGGUUCAAUAGAUCUGACAUUAGAAGUGUAUUUAAUACUUUCUCUUGCUCCUCUACCACUCCAUCACUGGGUCAGUGCAAUAACACCAUGAAAGGAUCGGCUUGCUUCACUUCUGUAUCAAAAUGCACCACCGAAGUUGGACUAAGAUGUCACAACACAGCUUUUACUACUUGUACUGAUGGUCAGUCAAGGCUGGUUAAUGGUACGCUAGCUCAAGAAGGUCGUGUUGAAGUGUGUCUCAGUGGCAUAUGGGGCUCGGUCUGUCAGAACGGGUUCGGUCAAAGUGAUGCUUAUGUCAUCUGCAAAGAGCUUGGAUAUAAUGGACCAUCGCCUAAUGUUUAUUAUCGUUCCAAAUAUGGCGAGAGUACAGGCCCCAUUGUGUACAGCAACUUAAAGUGUAAAGGAUGGGAGACUGUUCUUACUGAAUGUACUAAAGAUACCUUCCCAAGCAUCAGCUGCUCACCACAAAACACUAUUGGACUCAUUUGCAAAGACGAUUGCUCUGAUGGUGACGUGAGGCUUGUUGGUGGUGGGUUUGCUAAUGAAGGGACGGUUGAGGUGUGCAUGGAUCAUAUGUGGGGCCUCGUCUCUGAUGCUGGCUGGAAUGCAAGUCAUGCUAAAGUCGUCUGCAGGCAACUAGGAUUCACAUCGGGAAUAUUCAAACCUUACACUGGUUCAGCAUUUGGCAAGCCCAAUAACAGGAUAUUACUAAAGAAUGUCAAAUGCUCCGGGCAUGAACUGAAGCUGAUAGACUGUGCUAACUAUCAAUUGGGACUAUGGGGAGGCAGAAAGCAACUAGCUACCACUAAUGUAGCUGGAGUAGACUGUAUUUAUGAUGAACCUACUGAUCCUCCUUGUGGCACCAAAGCAGCAUAUUAUGAUACAACCCCAGGGCCACAGUGUGUACCACUAAAUAAUAUUGUAAGACUCACUGAGAAUAGCACCAAGAGUGCUGGCAGGGUAGAGUAUUGUUACAAUGGAUACUGGUCGCCAUUGUGUAAGAUGGAUAAUAAACUAGCAAUGGUCAUUUGUAGAUACCUUGGAUUCAGUCAAUACUCAUACGGUAGUAUCAUUGAAUCAGGAGAGUUUGGUAACUUAAUGAAUGUCAGUUUAAUUGAUAAUGUCACUUGUACUGGAACUGAGAGUACACCAUUUCAUUGUACAUACCACCAAUCUCCUUCAUCUUGUACUCCUUUCUGCUCUAAAAACCUGGGAAUAAGGUGCUUCAAUCAGGGAAUAUGUACCAAUGGAGCCGUGAGAUUGAUGGAUGGAAUAAUAGAGAAUGAAGGAAGGAUUGAAGUGUGUGUUAAUGGAGUGUGGGGCACUGUCUGUGAUCAAGGGUUUACUAAAACUGAUGCCAAUAUUGUCUGUAAACAACUAGGACUACCUGACACAGAGCCAAUUGUUCUCCCUAAUUCCGAGUUUGGUGAUGGUACUUAUCCUAUAGUGUAUUCCAAUGUGACUUGUGGUGGAUGGGAAUCAACCAUCACUCAAUGCAACAAAGUACAGUAUGAGAACACUGUCUGCUCACGUAAGCACACUGCAGGAGUGCUCUGUGGAUAUGAUUGCAAUGAUGGUGAUGUAAGAUUGGUCAAUAGUCUAUCAAGCAGUGCUACAUACGAAGGAACAGUGGAGGUUUGCUUUGAGAAUCUGUGGGGACUGAUAGCUGAUACUAACUGGAGCCAGCAAGAUGCUGUUGUGGUCUGUAGACAGUUAGGAUUUGAAACAUCAGGUACACAAAGUGUAACUGGAUCUCAUUUUGGUAAACCCAACAUGAGGCUGCACUUAAGUAACGUUGCAUGUCUUGGUACUGAAGACUCCAUUAGUCAAUGCAAUUACAACACAUACUCCUUAUCUCAGGGAAAGACACAACUAGCCACUACUGAUGUGGCCGGAGUCAAGUGUUAUAUACCAGCAAACUGUGUAGCUCCUCCGUCCUCAGGCACUGCCUGUAGUGAUGGCAGUGUGAAGCUGGUCGGUGGUAGCAAUAAUGGAGAAGGCAUACUGGAGUUUUGCUAUAAAGGAAACUGGUCGCCAUUCUGCUACCUUGGACCCAAUGAGGCUACUGUUGCCUGUAGACAGUUGGGACACACUAGCUAUGACAUGACUGCUGUCUUUACUGAUGGCAGGUUUGGUUCCCUGGCUGGUGUUAGUUUAUUUCAGAAUAUUUCCUGUGCCCUCAAUCUUGCAGCCAACCAGUUAGGAGACUGUCUCAUAGCUGAUAGCUGUCAGUCAACAUGCAAAAAUGUUGUCGGACUUCGCUGCUAUGAUGCUGCAAAUUGUCAAGAAGGUCAGGUGAGAUUAGUCAAUGGUACUAAAACUGAGGGUAGACUGGAGGUGUGCUAUAAAGGAGUGUGGGGAUCAGUUUGUGGUGUUGGAUUUGAUGUGACUGAUGCUUUUGUUGCCUGCAAAGAACUUGGACUUGGAAUGUCAGAGCCUACUGUGUAUACUAAUUCUCACUAUGGUGAUGGUGAUGGAGCUAUAGUCUACUACAAUACAUCAUGCAAAGGAUACGAGUCCAGCAUUGUUGGCUGCAAUAAGCAGAUUUAUGGGAUGUUCACUUGCUCUAGGAAUAACGUAGUAGGAGUUGCCUGCCAAGAAGGUUGCAGUAAUGGUGCUGUGAGACUUAUCAAUGGGUCAUCUUCCAAUGAAGGAACUGUAGAGGUAUGCUAUUACAACACAUGGGGAUUGGUCACUGAUGGAGGGUGGAGUGAUUCAGAAGCUCAAGUUGUUUGCAGACAGCUCAACUUCCAAGGUGGUAAUGCAAGGAUUGGCUCACCAUAUGGCAGACCUAACGCUCCAGUAUUGAUUAGUAACACUCAAUGCAGUGGGUCUGAAUCCUCCAUCAGUAGUUGUCAAUAUACUCACUUAUCUGAAGAUCAAAGCAGUGGUUUAGCUGGAGCUAAUGUUGCUGGUGUUAGAUGCAGUGCAGCUACAAUACCACCUUCAGCUUCAUCGCAUCGCCUCUCAUCAUCCGGUAUAGGACUAACAGUGCUAUCAUUAUUACUAGCACUCUUCAUUGCAAUAUCUGUUAGUUUGGUUGCUUUUAUGGUUUAUAAGUGGAGGAAAGGCCCAAAGAGGUAUUCUCCAAUAGUCACGCUAAACAGUGACCCACAAGAUGCAAGCAAUCCAAUGGCUACAGCAAACAUGUGGCCAAACGGAGAGAAAGAUGAUGAAGAAGAAGACGAUGAGAUGCUACAGCUAAUGAACGAAUGAUUAUGAAUAUCAUGGACCUCUGCUAUAGAUAGAUUAACUGCUGCAGUUUAUGCACAUGCACAUCACAUGCUGAACAGAACUAGCUCAUAUAUUAUUAUUGUAUUUUUACUCCAUUCAUGGGUGGAUUCUGAUUUAUGAA